AUGUCAAGCAUUGAGGCUUGUGAUCUCAGUUAUAAGCUUGUGAAAGUCGAGAGGGUUGUCCUUGUCCUGGCCAUGCCCUGUGUGUUCUUCUUGACUUUGACUGCUGAGGAAGAUGGUGCCCCUGUGCAAACUAUUCAAGUCGAGGUCUACCACCCCAUUGGUGGCUAUCCAGUCCUUCAAGAGUGGAGAUUCAAACCACUCCUUGCUCAAAAUGCCUGUUAUGUAGCUGUGCAGACGCAGAGCAAGAUAGCACUAAUGGGGUCUAAAUUUGAUGCGUACAAGGCAAAAAGAACUAUCCGGCAGCCGCCAUUGUAUGCACUGAGAGCUGAAUGUUGGCAAGAGAGUUUUGGUGUUGCUGUCAAUUGGUUGACAAAAAUUGCCCCGAAACGAAUGGGUAUAGCCAAGAUUCCAUCUGAAGAUGCUCGGACUAAGCCUCUAAUUGACAAAAGCAGUUAUAAAUUGUUUCGUCCGACAUUGUUUUCGGACAAACCUAUGAUUCCUACCCCAUGGAGACCUGCAUGUCUCUAUUAUAAUAAUGGCCCUUUCACAUUUGGAGGAAGCGAGAUUUCUGUUCCAAGAAUUGGAAAUGCCAAUGUUGUUACAUCAAAUGUACCUGAUGGAGGUAAGGGGUGA